AUGCGUGUCUACGGAUUUGUGUAUCUGCUAUUCACUGCGGUGGCCCGCGCCUACGUUGUCAACGAGGGCACCACUUGCGAGAUCUACCCAGAAGUACUCAGCCAUAAUGGCGCUGCCGUCGACGAUGCGCCGUCGAUCCACCAAGCUUUUGAGCUUUGCGGCAUCAACGGUACUGUGGUGUUCACAAAUGGCACGUUUAAUGUCAACUCAGUACUGAACACUACUAAUUUAAUCAAUUGCGACGUGAAACUCCGUGGAGAGUUGCGCUUCUCCACCAACAUUCCUUACUGGCGAUCCCACGUGUUUCCGGUGAUAUACCAAAACCAAUCCACUGCCUGGCUGUUUGGUGGGACCAAUGUGACACUCCGUGGUGAGGAGGGUGGUUGGAUUAAUGGGAACGGUCAAGCCUGGUAUACAGAAAAUCGAAAUCAGUCGAACCAGCCUGGCCGGCCGAUUAGCAUUACUUUCUUCAACGCAACCAAUUUGGUGGCAGACGGACUUCGCAUUAUCCAGCCACAGUUCUGGGCAACAUUUGUAUGGCAGAGCAAAAAUGUUUCCUUGACUAACUUAUUUGUUAAUGCCACGAGCAAUGAUGAAUGGGGUACGGUCAAUACUGAUGGCUACGAUUCCUGGAGAAGCGACACUCUUCUUGUUGAGAAUGCAACAAUCAUAAAUGGCGAUGACUGCGUGGCAGCAAAGGGCAACACAACGAAUCUAUUAGUGAGAAACGUCACCUGUUAUCGGUCAUCCGGGAUGACGAUUGGAUCGAUCGGUCAGUAUCCGGAAUGGCCAGAUUACGUUCAGAAUGUCACCUUUGACAACAUCAAAUGCAUCAACUCUAUGGAAGGGGCCUAUAUAAAGACAUGGUCCGGAGUUCCGGUUUCGCAGGAUAAAAAUGGCGAUUAUGGUGGAGGUGGAAAAGGCCUCGUGAAGAAUGUUACUUUCAGUAAUAUGGAAAUGGUUAAUGUCGCAUUGCCUAUCCAGAUAUCGCAGUGCAUUUAUGCCGAAGAUAACGGCAAGUAUUGCAAUACAUCGCAACUACAGAUUGAAGACGUGAGCUGGGUGAACAUUACAGGCACGUCCACAUAUAAUAUUGCGGCGUCCAUGUAUUGCUCCGAAGCGAGUCCCUGUCCAGGCAUCCGGUUUGAUAAUGUCAGCCUGCAGUCAGUCAACCACACUCUAGGGUUACCAUUAUGGAAUACGACUCUGCAGGAUGAGGUCUUCCAGUGUGAUAACCUUAUCGACCAGAAUUCUACGGGAGUACUUUGUAAUCAUGUUGCUCCAGACAACUACAGCCAGGGUGUGUCGGAAAAUGUGCAGUAG